CGUAUUUAUGGUAUUUAUAUACUAGUGUGUAUUUUCCUUGAUAUCCGACUUCCACAUUCCACUCACAACACACAUAACCUCACUGAGGGCUGUGACAAAACACAUUUUGAAUGUUGAAAAUUUAAAAAUCCGGAAGACCUGAAGUGAAAAAUUUGAAGAAAAAAAUAACUAGAUAGUGUCCUGUGUCCCAAAACCAAAUAAAAUAUUAUAGUAGUUACAAAAUAAUAAUGUUGUCAACAAAUAUUUUCGCUCAGAGGAGCAUGUUUAUUUAUCGUUAUUUCAAUUUGCAGUCCUACUCAUUCGAAAGCUCUGCAAUGAACCAAAGAUUAAUAAUUAUUAGAAACAUGGGUAAAACUUCCAGCGAAUGCCAUGCAAUUUUAGAUAGGAGAAGAGAAAUAACACAUAAACAGAGGCUCUACGCAUUCAAAGAAUAUCACCGAAGCUCAAGAAGUGUAAACAGAAUCCCUUCUAAAGAGGAAAAUUUACAACCAAAACAGAAUUCAACUUCUAGACAGAUGCAUAAUAGUUUCUCAAAAGAAUUUAGGGAAAAUGCACUUGUUGCUUUACAUCAAAUACCCAUCGAUGCUAAAUUACAUCAGAAAAGAUCAACUUUAACUUUGAACGAACUCAAAGUAUUAGAACCUUUUGAUUUAGUUAAGAGUUUAUCCAAACUAAGUAUGAAUUGCAAACUGGCCGCUGCUAUAAGAUGGACAAGCACAAAUAAUAUAUCACCCAAAAAUUUUCUACCCAAUACCUUGGCAUUGAAUGCAAAUGUAUCAUUUAGAUUAGAAAAUGCAUCAUUACGUCCUCCUUACUAUAGUGCACAAAGACAUUUAGUUACAAAGUCAAAUCCAGAAGAAUCUAUCAACAGUAAUGAUGAAAACUCAAUAAAAACUAAUGGCAAUCCACCUUUCAGGUUGCCUGAAAAUAAUGUAAUGGUAAAUGAGAAUAUAACUGAUAAACAUGUUUCAGAUAAUAAUAAUAAUACUACCUUGAGUACGACUAAAUCCAGAAAUACCCCUACAGAUCCAAUUCAAAUUAAAGUAGACAAUUCCAGUAAAAUACAGCAUAUUCUUCAAAAAUACCCAAACCCAAAAAAUACUUUACAUAAUUUUUAUCAGAUUCUUUCGGAAGAAUUAAAAGAUAUUUCCCUGAAAUGUUCACCAAUAUACAAAUCUGUACUACCUAAAAAUAAAACCUCUGCUUGGACUUGUACUUAUCAUAUUAAAUGGCCGAUGAAUUAUGCAAUAAUGGCCACAGAAAAGACAAAACUGAGGGCAAGUACAUUUGCAGCAUGUAAAGCACUUGAAGUUCUAUCUGAACAAGGAAAAAUUACCCCUGAAGGUUUGCCUUUGAUUUAUAAUAAAGAAGAAGUGAAAAAAAUCAAAAAGCAAAGACAAUCCAAAGUUGAAUUUGAUAAAUCUACUAUCCAGAAUAUGGAAAAUAUUAUUCAAGUCUUUAGUAAUAAUAUGUUGCCCACAAUAAAUUCAACAAAUUUUACUGAUUAUAAAGAACAGUCAGAUGAAUUAGUUACGGGAGAAUCCAGUUUCCUGUCCAACGAACCUGACUUUUUGGGAACUGCAAAGUAUUUAGCACGGGAGAAAAUAAUUUUACCAAUUUCAGCUUACAAGGAGGCAUUUAUAGAGCUUCUAUUAAACAAUAAUUGUGUCAUCGUAAAAGGAGAACCAGGAUGUGGUAAAUCCAGCAGGGUACCUCAAUAUGUUUUAGAGUCUUGGAUUAGAGAUGAAACAUUAUCUGACAAUCAAUUGUGCCGCAUCGCAGUUACACAACCGAGAAGGAUUGCAGCUAUUUCAUUGGCUAACAGAGUCGCAUCAGAAAGAAAUGAACAAGUGGGUCAUAUUGUUGGUUAUCAAGUCCGCCUCAAAUCAAAAUUUAACCCAAGAACUGGACGAAUCCUAUACUGCACCACAGGAAUUUUGAUGCGCCAGAUACAAAGUGAUCCACACUUAAAGAAAUUUUCUCACGUCGUUCUAGAUGAAGCUCAUGAGCGGGACGUCAAUACUGAUAUCCUUAUGAAUAUGCUAAAGAUCGCCUUGAAACACAACAAAAGCCUGAAAGUUAUUGUUAUGAGUGCUACAAUAGAUACUGCAUCAUUUUCAGACUAUUUUGAUGGUGCACCCAUUUUAAAUGUUCCUGGAUUUUCGUAUCCUGUAAAAAAGUUUUAUUUGGAUGAAAUAGAAUCGGCCAAUUUACACCCCAAAACUUUGAAGAUGUGUAAAUCUGAUAAUCCCGAAGUCGUACAUGAAGAAGUAGCAGCUCUGUUGAAAUACAUUCAUAAAACGAGACCAGAAGGUGCAAUUUUGGUAUUUUUAUCUGGCUGGGAGGAUUUGGUGAAAGUUCAAAAAUGUAUGUUUCCAAGUCAGGAUAUGGUUGUUCAUUUACUACAUUCUAAAUUGAAAGACUCUGACCAAUAUAAGAUUUUUUCCAAACCACCGCCAGGUAUAAGAAAAAUAAUUUUGGCUACCAACAUUGCAGAAACAUCUAUAACCAUCGAUGAUGUUGUUUAUGUUGUGGAUACUGGAAUGCAUAAAGAUAAUAUUUUCGAUAUUAAGAAAGGAAUAAAUGUCAUCGACAUGGAAUGGAUUUCCAAAGCAAGUGCCAAUCAAAGAGCUGGACGAGCUGGUCGUUGUUCGCCUGGAGAGUCAUACCAUUUGUACACUAAAGAGAAAUAUGAGGAACUUGCAGAUUAUUCUUCACCAAAAAUAUUAAAUUCUUCAUUGACAAGAGUAGUAUUGGAAUCAAAAGUAUUCUCCAAUAACAUGAACGCUGGUGACUUUAUGAAUAGUCUGAUUACACCACCAGAGAAAGCAGCAGUCCAAAAAGCAGUAGACGAUUUGAAACAAUUGGAACUUUUAGAUGACAAUGAAAAAUUGACACCAUUAGGAAAAACAUUGGUUGAUUUUCAACUAGAACCUGGUUUGGCAAAGGCAAUGGUCAAUAGUGUUGUAUUCAAAUGCACCACACCCAUAGUUGAUAUUAUCACAUUAUUUUCCUCAGAAACGGAUAUAUUUGGUUCCAAUAGUUUAACAGAUAAAAAGUCUAUUAAAGAUCUCAAGUCUGCUUAUUCUAAAAGUUCUGAUCAUUUGGCUUUGAUGAGAAUUUUCGAAAAAUGGUUAGAAUUAAAUGAGGAGGAUCCUUACAGUGCCGAUAGAUUUUGUAGAAACACAAAUUUGGUUUCUCACAAGCUAGAAUUUAUAGAUAAAUUGAAAAACAUUCAUCAUGGAUAUCUUCAAAAUGGUCUGUACGAUGUCCUGCCCUUGUCAGAUAAUUUUUCUGAUAAUGAUGAAUUGGUUAAGGCAGUUCUGUAUUCUGGAACAGGCACAGUCCUUGAACAUCGUAACUGGGACAUAGUUAAAAAUCGGCUCAAAACUAAUGUGAAUGUAUUAGUGACAAGAAAUAACCACAAGGCUUCAAUAGGACAAGAAAGUGUAAAUUUCAAGCGUAACAGGUUCCCGACUAAUUUUAUGGUUUACAUGAACGAAACACGGUCAAAUAUCAGACGAACCACAAUUGUUAGAGAAUGUAGUUUAAUACCAGCUAUCUCGGUAUUAUUAUUUAAUAAUAAAGAAUUGGAAAUUUUAGAACCGGAUUCUGAAGAUACCAUUGGUGAUAACUUGGUGAUAAUCGGUAUUAAAAAUACCAAAUUGGAAUUUCUAUGUGAUAAGGAGCAUGCUAGUCUACUGCUGGAAUGUAAGAGAAGCAUUGAUUUGUCAUACAAAUACCUGAUACAUCAGAUGACCUACACUGGAGGAAAGAAUCCAGAAAUCUUACAAAAUUGGAAUAAAAUUCUUGAAGAAUUAAAUAAGAUUCUUCUGCGACAUAGAGUAGCUUAAUUUUUUUUAAAGAAUUAGAGAUGUGAUAGAAUAUUUUUUUAACUUUAUGUUAUUUAUUAUCUAUGCUAGAAUAUGCCUUAAAUCAACAUUAUAAGUUCAAAAAUUAUUUAAAAUUUAGAAAAGCAGCUGCAAUCUUGGCCAACUUCCUACAUACAUGCCUUUUUAUCUGUGCAUAAAAAUGUGACUAUAGUAAAGUGGAAAUACUGUGGCUAGUGUAUGUAUCCUUUCAUGUAAUUUAAUCCGAUACCGGCCAAGGUAAAUUGACUUGACUAUAUACGGGUGUCCGGAAAAUAGCGUAAAAGGCUCUUCACUACGUGGUGGAGGACUCUUCAAGGAACCCCAGAAAAAUAAUUUAAAAAAUCUGGUGGAAUUUUUAAGAAAGUUAUCAGCAUUUUAAUGUUUAUUAAAAUUGGCAACACUGAAAAUAUCUCGAAGGUGACUAAAAAAUGUUGUCAGAUCAAUUUUUCCCGUUGUAAUUUAGAGAUUUUGCAAUUUUCAUGAUGCGUUUCAAACGUUAACAACAAAUUUUUAUAAACCAUUGUGUAAUGAAUUAACAAAAGAUACCUAACAACACUUUGUACAAAAUAUUGUAAUUUGAAAAAAAAAAUCAAAAAUAAGGAAGUUGAAUUUCCACAUUUACCUCUCCAUAUUUCCAAGAAUGGUUGAAGAGGAUUUUUUAAAUUAUUUUUCCAAGGUUACUCAAAGGGUCCCCUGCUACGUAGUGGAGAGCUUUUACGUUAUUUUCCGGACACCCUCUGUAUAUUGUUAUGUCGUUGGUAUACCUAAAAUUCACUAGUAGGUAUUAUUUAUGCUAUCGAAAAUUUGAGUUCGAAAAUAUUUUAUUGAAUAAAUGAUUUUUUUUUUUUGUUUUAAACUUUUAAUUUUCAUCAUCUACACACAGUUUCCAACAGUAAUUCAGAAAACACCAAAUGUAAUUCAGAACACAAAUGAAAAUCAGAAUGUGUCAAAUAUAAUUCAGAUUUAACAAAAGUAGGUAGGAUGAUCC